AUGGCUUCAGAGACGCUUGAAGAGAAACAGAUCUCAGACGGGAUGAGUGACGUCAAAGUGGGACUCACAGAAAAUAUUGGAUUCCCUUUGAAACUGCUUGAAAAGCAUAACCCUUGGCCAGCCUAUGUCACAUACACCUCCCCGAUAGUAAAACGACUCAUCGAGAAAAGCAGAACCAGAGAACUAGAGUACAUGAAAACAGUAGAGGAAAGCUGGCGGGCAACCAGGCAGAACAAGUCUUCCAGCAUCAUGCGGCUGAAGAGGAGAAAGUCCACCAAGUCCUUCAGCGACCUCCUGCUCAAAGAUGUCCUAUCAGACACUAUGCUAUCAACAUGGGACAUUUACUCUGUAAUGAACCUGAGUGCCACUGCUGUCCCAGAACCCACACAAUUACAAAUGGAAACCAGAGAAAGUCCAACGUCAGACUACAACAAGAUUAUUUUCUCCAGAAAGCCUGUGAUGAGGAGACUCCCAUAUGGACAGCAGCAAUGA